CUAUCCCCCUCCUCCCGACAUUCUUUCCCCUGACAGGGAGUGGCAAAGCCCCAUCUCUCCGCAUCUGAGCGAUUCCUACCCAAGGCCUUCUAUCGCCCAUGUUUAUUGGCAGCUUUUGAGCCAUUGAAUCCAUGUCCUUGCCCCAACUAAUUUCAAGCCCUUCAAAUUUGAAAAGAUAGAGGGAUUAUUGCAACUGUAGCUAAGGGCUUGAAGUGGCCUUAUGGGAGAGGUAAUGUCCACUCCAUUUGUGAGGUCGCAUGGUACUGCUGCAGAGUACAGCGCUCAACGUUUAGCGAAUGUACGAGCCUGCUGUUAGCGAGCCUUUUAGGGCUACCAUACCAUCCCAUGGAGGUUGGUGCAUCCAUCGGGUUUGUCGCGUGUUUGUAUGUUCAGGGCGUGUCCAGCGCGUUCGUUUUUUGUCAAAACCCUACCCAACCGUUUUAGAUUUGUUAUCGAUCCUUCUGAUCCGUGAGGCACCUUACCCGACCGCAAUUAAACGAGGACUGAGGACGUGAAUCGUGAUACCAGCAACCAUAGAUUCUUUCAGCGUUUCUUGCCAGGUACACUAGCUCGAGGGUGAAGAAAUCAGGCGUAUGGAACAGCUAGAGCCUUUUGCCAUCUAUCUCGUGUUUCUUGGUUCGGCUAGGUUGACAUGCAUGUACUUAACGGCUGUAACUUAGCUGGCGAGUAGCCUAGCUUGGUAGGUUUGAUUUUAUUCACUGCUACUCGACUUGGAGUUUCCUGUCGUUCCGUUAGAUUUCCUGUUUGUAACACAGCCCUGCUGGAUUCACGCGGCCUCCGCUUUAGACUUUGUAACGCAAACCGUUGUCUAUGCUUAUCUCUGGAGAUUUUGAUUGAACGUCACGCGGAGUCUUCGGUUGUGGUCGCGUCAAGAAGAUGGACGAGACAUAGGGAGCUGCUGGGAAAUCUGAGAGGCGUUGAAUUUUGAGUGGACUCAAAAACCACUGCGAUUGGUGUUGACGUUGGGAUCUUCGGUUGCGGUCGCAUCAAGUAAAUGGACGAGACAUGGGGAGCUGCUGGGAAAUCUGAGAGGAGGAUGUGAUAUUAAGGGGGCUGACCCUGGAGGAGGUGACAGUAGACGAGGUGAAACGUGGGAAGCAGCAGCGUCUGCACCAUCAGCAUCAGCAGCAUCAGCACCAUCAGGAGCAUCAGCACCGUCAGCAGCACCAGCAUCAUCAUUAGCAUCAGCAUCACGACCGCCAUUGGAAGGAGGAGCAGCGAUCGUAGUUUGCGUCUCCACCACGAGUUCUUUUGCGGAUUUGGUUCCGAUGUCAACUGGUGUGACUAAAGCGGAUGGGACUGAAGCGAGUGUGGCUGAAGCUAGUGUGACGGAAGAGCGAGUGCCUGAAGCGGAUGUGGCUGAAACGGGUGUGUCUGAAGUGGAUGAGACCGAAACGAGGCCUCCGAUUCGAGCACCCGAAGAGGAGGAGGACGACGACGACGAUAUGCCGGAUCUUGCCACUGAGUCUGACGACUGUGAUUAUAACGGGAACCACGACGAGAAUCUCGACGAUUAUGACUAUCAGUGGAGUAUAGACGAUGAUGGGGACUCUGACGGAGAUUUUGACGGAGAUUCUGACGGGGAUUCUGACGGGAUUCAUGACGAGGAAUAUGAUGACGCGGACGCUGAAGAGGAGUAUUGGUUCAACGAAACCAGGACGACACCAGCUGGCGUGACUGUAGCGAGGGGGGAAGAGGAAGGGGAAGCGGAUGUGGAAGAAGACGAUAUGCCUGAUCUCGUAUCGCCUCGCACUGGUACGUCACAGGAUGUGACUGAAAUGGGUGCGGCUGGUUUGGGUGUGACUGUAACGGGUAUGACACAGGAGGGAGGCGAGGACGGAUUGCGAGGUCUCAGUAUGGGGAGCGAGAGUGAUAAUAGCGAGUACGACGAUAGUGAGGAUGAAGAGGUGGAGGGGAGGGAGGCGGAGAAUCACAUCGGAGGCGUCAGGAGCCGCGGAAAUUGGGCGGCGGACACUUUAAGGCAGCUCCAAGUGCUCUUACAAGAGAUUCAACGCUCGUGGUCAAGCCUUGAAAGUGAGGAGGCAGGGGAGGAGGGAGGAGGGGAGGAGGAAGGGUGGGAGGAGGAGGAGGAGGAGGAGGAGGAGGAGGAGGAAGAGGAAGAGGAAGAGGAGGUAAUGGGGGAUUGGAGUGAUGAGGAGGAGGAUCAAGUGGGGGGGAGGGCGCGAGUGCCGCUGUUUAACAUGGGUGGUGGGGGGGUAGGUUUGGGCUUUAACGUUGGACGCGCCAGGCGCGAGAGGCGGGGUCUGAGACGACGAGUGGGUGUGGCGGAGAUUGAUUCGAGUGGUGCUGCUGAGGGGGCAGGGGAAGGGAGGGAGGGGAGGGAGGGGAGGGGGGGGAGGGAGGGGAGGGAGGGGAGGAUUCGUAGCGGUGACUGGGGUGACGUGCAGCGGAGACUUGACAUGCGGAGGAGACUUGACGACAUGCGUGAUAUCGAGUUUGUCAAUAGUGGGCCACUGCGAUCGCACGAUCUUGGCUUUGGACGGACAGGGCAAAGGGUCGUUCCUCCUGCGUCGUCCACGUCAUCCUCCACGUCAUCAUCUCCCGCUCCUGCUACUGCUGCUGCUGCUGCUGCUGUAGGAACAGGAUCAGCAGCACCAUCCACGUCAUCAGCGUCCACGUCAUCAUCUUCCAUGUCCUUGCUGUCAGCACCCCUGUCCGCAGCACAAGCAGCAGAGCUGGCCCGAUUUGAAGGCACAGCACGAGCCCGAAGACCCUUGGGUGGGGAGCUGGGCGAGAGGGAGCGAGGCGAGAGGGAACGAGGAGAAUGGGGGCGAGGCGAAGGGGAGCGAGGCGUGAGGGAUCGAGGAGGAGGGAGCCAGUUAAGAUUACGGGAAGGAGUAGCACCGGACAGGGAAGCACCAACACGUGUCCAAGCAGCAGCAGCAGCAGCAGCAGCAGCAGCAGAAGCAACGACAAACAGCAGAACAGCCUUCCUCAGGCGUGCGAGAGCAGUGCCGCAGCAGGCGCUGCAGCAGCUGGAGGUGGGGCUGGAGCGGCUGAUGCAGGACAUCGCGGGGCCCACCAUGCGCGUCGAGUUCCGUUUCCGGCGCAGCCGCAUUGUCAAUGCUGACGGCACUACUGUUGCUACUGGUGGGGUUGCUGCUGCUGGUGCGCCUGGUGCUGCUGGUGGUGGUAGGGUGGGCUGGGGAACGGGAGGUGGUGGUUUGGCCUUUGGCGGAGCUGGAUUCGAGGUUCGGAUUCACUGGGGCGCCGAACCUGCUGCCGGUGCUGAGGAUUUUGCCGAUGCUAUUGUUGUUGGUUUAGGGGGUGCCGGUGCUACCGCCAACUCAGAUGGAAUCAGGACCACAACCAUUUUCUUCAGCCACCCGGGCGACUAUCUGGACAGUCCCGGCCUGGACGCUUUCCUCGAACAUCUUCUUGCUGCAGACGCAGCCUUGGCACAGCAGCGCGGCAACCCCGCUGCCUCCCAAGCCGCCGUUGACGCGCUGCCAGUUAUCGCGGUGCGGUUGGAGGAGGUGGAGAGCGGUGCGGCGUGCUGCGCUGUGUGCAAGGAAGUGGCCGAGGUAGGGGAGGAGGUGGUGAGGCUGCCGUGCCGGCAUCUGUACCAUGGGGGUUGCAUCAGGCAGUGGCUUGGGGUUAGAAACUCGUGCCCCAUCUGCCGGUUUGAGCUGCCCACGGAUGAUGAGGAGUAUGAGGAGAGGCGGCUGCAGAGAGCGGGGCAAGAAGCAGAGCGGCGGCAGCAGCAGCAGCAGCAGCAGCACGAAACGCAGGAAAUGCAGGAAGCACAGGCGCAGAGCCAGCAACAUCAGCAGGAGCAGCAGCGGCAAGCUCAGCAGCCGGAAGAACAGGAGCGACGAGCGGAUGCGGGAAGCAGGGAGGAGGGAGAUGCAGGAGAUGCCCCAGGUCCCGCACUGCAUGGUGAACAGCAGCAGCAGCAGCAGCAGCAGCAGGAGGAGGAGGAGGAGCAGGGGCUUGUGGGAGGUGUGGAUGCAGAGCGGGACGACGGCGCAAGAGCCGCCACUGAUCAUGGGCAGCACAGUUUGGCAAGAGGUAGCGUGCAGCUUGUGGCGGAGAGCAGCACGGAGGAAGCAGCAAGCGAUGGACAUGGUGCAUGGAACUCGGCGCAAAGAGGUUCUGAUGAGGGCAUUGGACUGGACGGGGUGGAUGGUAUGGGGGGCCUGAGUUCGCUGGAGCGGGAUGAGGUGGAGGGUGAGGAGAGAGGAAGAGGUGUCGGGCUGCGGAGGCGCGGAGGACACUUGCUGCGCCUGGCUGGCGUGGUGGUGGCGUUUGCCCUGGGGAGAUCUGUUGCGAGGCGAAUCAGAAGCAACUCGAGGAGGGAGGUGUAGAACGGGCAUGAAACCUCAAGAAGGAAGAAGCCUCUUGCUGCGCUUGGCUGGUGUGGUGGUGGCGUCUGCCCUGGGGAGAUCCGUUGUGAGGCAGAUUAGACAGGGAGGGCCCGGUCACGUGGGAAGAAAUUCGAGGAGGGAGUAGAGAUGGUUAGGGAGCUGGGUAUUGGAGAGUAGGGUGCUGUGUUGAUUGCUGGGUUUUAUGAAGCUUAAAGCGCGGGUCUCGAGAAGCAAAAAACCAAAUCCAAAAGGUUUGGUUUUGGGUUGACGAAAUUAGCGAAACAGUAACAACGCCCAACUAGCACCCUCACCACACCUCGCAAUUUUCGAGAUCCCCCGAAACCAAAACCUUUGGGUUUGGUUUUUGCUUCUCGAGACCCUCGCUUUAAGAGGGGUACGGUUUUCGAGAGGCAGUCUCCAUGUGAAUGUGCGGAGGAGCAGGAAGAGGGAGAAGCAUCUCUUAGUGAGAAUUUUUGCUUGUUGAUUUGUGCAUUGGUUGGCUAGAUUACCACUUCGAGGACGUUGCAUGCUAACUUACAGGAUGU